AUGAACAGAAUUCGUGGUUCCUCUUUUUCCUUACGUACGUAUCGGAUUGGGAUGUGGGGUGGGGGAGUUGAACCGACUGUCUCAUUUAUGUUGUGUGUGUGUGUGUGUAUGUGGGUAUUUGUUGGGGUUUCUUUCUGUCCCCAAACUCUCCACCCCCAGAACUCUUACACCCCAUGUUAUUUUUCUGUGGCUAGAUACUGUUGGCUGUGUCCUGCGUCACACCAAUGGAAUGAAGGCACAGGUUGUAAAAUGUCACUGCGUAGCUGUAAUGCAGAUUUGGGGAAGGAAGAGAGAACAGUAGUUUUUCAGAGGUUAACAUCAAGAAGUUGGCAGAGGGGUUAAAAAGACAGUCUCUGGAUUUUUAAAUCUGAGGGACUGUAUCUGCAUAGUUCAGAAAGUGGCAAAUGAUGACGCAGUGAUCUUUGCCUAGCAUGUUACUGGGUUUAAAAAGCAUCAGGGGGAACAGGUACACUGUGAAUCUCCAGGCCAGCUGAAAGGGACUGAGUUAAGAAGGGAAGAUAGCAUUUAGGAAUUAAAUGUCAUCAUUUUGGCGUUGGAAAGUUGUUUACCUUGCUCUCUCCGUGUCUCCAUGUUGGCAGUCUUCCAGCUCACAUGUGAUAGUCUUCCCUGUACUGCUGCAUCAUUAACUGAGUGCCUGAGCCUACACAUGAUUGGCUGGGGAGGGCUCUUAUUCUAAACACACAUUUCCAUUGGAGGGAGAGGCAGUGGCAGGUGAAAAGCUGCCUCAGAUUGGCUGGGGCCAGGAUAUCAAAUCUAAAUGUUCCAUUCCGCUUGCUUUAAAAGGGGGUCUGAACAAUUUGUGACUUAAAAUGUUGGCUGUUUGCUUCUCUCCACCCCUCCUUUUCCUUAAAUCAGGCAUUUUGGAAUGUGUCUGUGUUCUCAAGGCUGGUCAUUUAAAGAGAAAAGCAAAAAAGCAGGAACUUGAGUAUUGUGGAUUAGUUUAGUUUAUUACUGGUUCAAGUGACGCAGAAGGAAAAACAAAUAUUCUGUGACUCGAGUUGCAUCAGUAACAGGCGUGUUUCCGGCUGCUGUGAGACAAGCCACGAUGACGUGACAUUAUUAUAGGCUUCAGAAGAGACAACAAAAAAGAGACUUUGGUGGGUGGCUAUCUCUGUCUGUGAGUGGAAAAAUUCUAACUAGGCAGAGCUAUUUACAUAUAUUGUAAACUAUUUGGGGCAGUGAGAGUGCCUGCCACUGGUAUAUAUGUAAAAACCUGGACUGAACCAAAACUGAAAUGUGUUCUAGGUUACGUCAGUGUAACCUCAAAGUCAGUGCUGUGAUGGGAUUGAAUGGCAACAGAACAUAGUGGUAAGAUAUAUGAGGCUUGCUUUCUGUCAUUUUGUUUUGUUUUAAAAGGAGGGGAUGGAGAGUUCUAAGAUGGCUGGAGAACGAUAGGUGGACGGUCAAGAAGAAUAAACCACCAGAUCGAGCCGGGGAGCGGAGUGGGGGGGGAUGAGGAUCCAGCAUAUAGGUAGACGUAGUGCUUGCUUUAACCAUUUCAUGAAUCAGAUUUUCCAUUCUGGACUAUCCCAUAGCCAAUCCCAGUCAACUAUUUAUUCUGUUCUGGAGGAUGGGGUCUAUCUUCUCUUCUCUUUGGAACCUGCCAUGAAAUCCAGAGUAACUAGCAUUAUCACAUAACAUGAGAGGGUGAGUUUCUUGUGGCGUUUUCUCAUAAAAUGCUCCAAUGAAUUGAAGGGUUUACGAUGGUAAAAGGAUUUGUGUUGGUGACUCACCGGCAUAGAGAGAGUCAAGUACAGACAGUCGUUCGGCAGCAGUUUGCUGGCUUUGGAACCAGAUCGGAUGCAUUUUGAUUCUCCAUCUUAAUUUCUUUUAAAGUACUCUGUCUUCUCAAGUGUUGUUAAAAGAUGUAUUCUCACCAGUAGGCUUUAAAAGCCCCAAGAAAGGUGAAUAUGCAUAGUCUUCUAUUCACAUUUGCUAGCUCAAAGGAGCAUGAGGCGGAGGGGAAGGAGAGAGAUAAUCAGGAAGCCAUUUCUGGAGGCAGACAUGAUGCGUGGAAGGAGGAAGGCAAGGAGACACAGCAAAUACACCCCUCCUAUAUUAUCCCCUCAUUCACCUUCAUUUUUCCUUUCUGAUUUGCCAAGUGUUAUGCCUAAUUUGAAAUUCUUUCAUUGUAGGUGCACCACUUCUCUCUCUCUCUUUCCCUCCCCCUCGCCCCCGGUGUGAGCCCUUGCUCUGCAGAGCUGUCUCCUCCAGAGGCAGUCUUGCAUCCUGCAGUGCUAGUUCCGCAGAGGAGGGCAACAGGAGGCACAACUGCGAUGGCCGCUCCUGGGAAGGGACCGACUCGGUGCUGAGAUCAUGCUUGUUCCUGGCAGGACUUGGAGACUAUAAUGCAGCUGGGUAGGUUGGGAGAGUGCUGGGUUAAAUUCAUUUUGACCGACGCCAUCUAAACAAACACCUCUUGUGUCUUCUAGACAUGACCACUAGGGGUUACAUAUCCAUAAUGGCGUUCCUUAGUAUUUUGGGGAGUGAACUGGAUUCAUAAAUGAGGAAUACGAAUGGAACAAACUCCUCUCUUUUCUUUAUUCCCUAAAACACUUUUCUGAAUGUUUAGGACUCAGCAUGGAGAUAGAUUUGCUAUUUUUCUUACCACGUUCAGAUAUGUUGGUGUUUGUUGUUUUUUGUGAAUCUGGAUUAGGGGGCUUGUUUUUUUAAACCACUUUCUUCGGUGAUCGGUGGCUGCUCCUGCAAGGGAAUCUAUGGACCUGAAAGCUACAAGGAGUGAGAGAGGCGUAAUAUUUCUGUAGGUUGAUGAGGAAAGCAAGACUGUCCAUCUUUUGUGUCCGGAGUUAUUCAUACAGGGACACUGGAGGCAGGUGAGCCUUGGCUGAAAGUAGUUUGGAAGCUUAUGUGGUUUACUUCGAAGUCUGAAAAUUUGCUGUUCUCGGCUGAGCUUUGUGACCUUGGGCUAAUUUGUUUCUUUCUGCUUGCUUCCGUUUUCUUUUCUGCAAAGUGGGCAUGGCAAGAACUGAUUCUGAUCAAUGUUUCAGACUGUAUUUCUUUAACAAGGAAUACUUCCAAGUCUUUACCGAGACCAUAAUUCUCCCUCAUAGGCCUGGGAUUGUUCCAUUACAAUAAGACUCCACAGUUUUUGUGAAGUACACUGAGACAUGAUAGAACAUAUCAGGGCAGUGUAACAACUCCUAUGCAUUUUUUAAUUGGUGCUAUGUAAGCAAACAGCUGGACAUGAUUCUGAAUGGUGUUAUUUUUGGUAGUGGUCCAUUGUGAUGCAUCUGUAUUUUGCUGUUCUUUGAGAAGGCAGAAGAUGCAAACAAAAGUGGGUGUGAGGAAGAAGCACAUUUUUAAAACCUCUGUAUUAAAUCUACACGUCAUUACUCAAAACUGUUUGUGGUGUCUGCAUGUGUUGCUUUCACCGCAGCUAACAGCAGAAGAAUAUAGAUGGCGGCAACUGCACUCCUGGCCAUUUUGUUGCUGGCAGAGUAGAUUCAGUGCUUGCAGCACUGCUGCUGUUAAUUUCCACGUCAUAUCAAAACAGUAUUGGGUUUUGUGUCGGGAGCUUUGCUGAUGCUAUGAGGAGAAUAAAGUCUUCUUGAAAAUUUCGUUUACUCUAUCGCUUUUCUCUCUCUUGGUUUCUUAAGAGAGCACGUAAAAAAACAACAACCCUACCCUUGUGCUUAUAGAACUUGCUUUUCCCCGACCCUUUGAGCCCCUCCCUUGCAAAAAUAAAAAACAACACGGUUCCACUUUGCAAUUUUUUAAUCCAGCGCUCGGGAGUGUUUUGCAGUGGUUUGGGUGUGGCCUUUGUCGACUAUUUCCACCUCCCUCCCCAACCUUGUCAAGGGUAAGAAAAAGAAGGUUGGGUUUCUGUUGUGGUUGUGAUGAUAAUGGAAAAGAAUGAACUUGAAACUGUUUAUUAAGAGGGCCACAUAUAAAGUACAAGUGUCCCUGUAUUAAAGAUGGCAAUGGAGAAUUGUGUUUCUGAAUAGGUUAGGUUUGUUGCCAUUUUUUUAAAAAAAAUUAAAAGUAGCUUGAUUUUUUAAAGAAAUCUCUCUUAGCACGACUGCUUACCCUCACCGAAUUGCUUGCCUGAGCAGGGGCAAUGCCACGCAGCUGCCUGGGUGGCCAUUUUGCUGCAUCACCAUCUACCACUAGCGUAUUCCAGAUCUCCAGAUUAUGUUUUACUUGUGGUUCUGAGACAUACGCCCAGAACCAACAUCUUUAUUUUGUUACCAGCCAUUCCUUCUGCAACAGUCUGAACUCAAAUAUGAAUUCAAAAGCAAUGUGAAACCCUAAAUUAUGGUCAGAAUCAGAUACGUAUUUUACCAAAAAAAAACCCCUAUAAUUGCUUGAAACUAAGUUAAUUGGGAGUAUUCUAAUGAUUCACUCCAUCGUGUUGCAUAGCUGCAUCCUGCAGUCUCUUGAACUUUCAUUUGCAGCAUUGUAUGUUUACUUGCCAGAGAGAUGGGAUACUAAAUUUAGAAGGGGCAUGAAUUCCAUUUCAGGUGUAAUCAUAUGUAAUGAUCUAUCCCAAAUUAUUUACUUGAGUCACAUUGGAACACCCUGCUUGGUAUGCCUUGUACAACAAUGAAGCCCAGGUGGUGGGAUGAGACCCACGAGGGGAUAAUGGGAACUCUCUGGGUAGUUCAUUAGCCUGCUUGUAGUUUGCACUGACAAUAAUAUAGCACAGGGAAUAGCAAUAAUGUAGCACACAGAAUAGUAAAUAAGGAAGGAUUUCUAGGCUUACAUUUGGAUGGAAACAAUCACAUUAAAAAAACCACCAAGCUAAUACUUAGAAAACCAUAUAGAAAACAUUGUUGUGGAAUAAAUGGAUGUUUUGAUGUCAGGUCCCCAAAAUAUUGAGCAAUUACCUCCAUGUAGAAAAACUCUUCACUCUUUCACAAAUGUAUGCGGGUGUGGAAGUAUUUGCAUUGAUACCUGUUUUCUUGUCAAGACGGCAAUGCAUCUUAAGUUGUGCUUUUCUCUGUGGCUGCCAUUAUCAUAGCAUUAUUGGUAGUUUCUGCCAUAGUAGCAGCAGUAUAUAUGUAUACAGAUAACACACACAGAGAGAGAGAGAGAGGAAGAGAAAAUGCAGUAGCCCUCACUUUUGUUUUGGUACUUUCCUUGCCCUUCCAAAGAAGCAGACGGACUCUCUGGUCUGGCAGACUUUAUCUUCCCAUGUACUUGCUGCUACUAUUUUUCACAGUUUUUGCAAAUCUAAGGACCUGAUAGAUUGCUUCUGCUGCCUUUUUAUGGUUGGUGGUGGUAAGAUGUCCUCUGUAGUCUGUGGUCUGCAUGUUAAAAUCUGACCCUGUAGAGAACUAGCAGUUGAACAUGUCUAAUCUAAAUGCGUCACAACAUCUCCUGAGUGUCAUUGUUUUGGGGAAUCUUGUCAGGCUACCCAUGGCCACUUAUUUGGCUCCAGAUAAUUUCAGAUCUACUGCUAAAUUGAAUGGCAAGCAGGAAGUGUAAAGGUUGAUUGGUGUGGCCUUUGACUAAUAUAACUGGAAUAAUAUUGCUUGUUCUCUUAAUGCCUUCCUUAUUUGUUUAGGGAGUUAGAUUAAACGCUCCUAGUAUUUAUUCACAAGUGGAAUGAAAGUCUGUUCAUGUCUCAGGAACAGGUAAAAAUAUUACAUGUGCUUCAUAGGUGGCCCUGUGAUGUAGACUGUUGCCUUAACUCAGUUAGGGCGUAUCCAUAUGUGGCUGUGGCUCUGGUCCAGACAUUUAUGACUGUAGCAGAGGAUUACGUGGUCAGGGCUCAGUUCAUGAAGCCAUUCUCCCUUGUGUUGAAGUGUGUUUGAACUUGGGGCAGAUAUGCCCUUAUCCCGUCUUGCAGAUGAUGCUUUUGACAGAGUCAGAGGCCCUCUUGGUGUUGCAGAUCAUGGAUUGAGGCUGAAAUAAUUCAUUGUUCAUGGUGCCAGUGUGAGACAAAACAACGAAGGGGAUUUUUUGUGACCCAAGUGUUUAGCUUUCGAUUGAUUAAUAAGUAAAUAAAUCAGACUUCUUUUAUAAUUUUGAAAAAAUAAAAAUAACAGCAGGGCUCCAAAGAACCAAUUCUGUGUGCGUGAGAGAUAACUGCAGCCUUCUGAUUCAUGUAAAGAAGACCUUGUAUUCCACAUGGAGGACAGUUCUUGAAACAGAGUAAUGGGGUUGCUAGAAGAAGAAGAAGAAGAAGAAGAAGAAGAAGAGGAAGAAGACGACCUCACAAGGCAUGUUCAAGUCCUUGUGUGUACCUAAAGUAGCUCUUUAGAUCCUGGCUAACCAGUUUUGACCUUUUUCUCACAGUUGGCUUCUUUCAUAUGUUGCAUGUACAUAUUUUUAAACAGUGUUGUGGGUGAUGUGUAAGGAAGUACAUCUGUGCUACAGAGUAGAAGGGGAGUGGAAACCACAUGGUAUCAUUGCCCUCUUUACACUGGUAGUGGUAACUCCCCAAAUGGACUGUACCACUCUAGGCCGUUCUACCUCCUUUUGUGCUUGUGCCCUGUGGUAUGGGGUAAAGAAGAGUAACUUUCUUUUAACUCCCACUGCUUUGAUACAGUGAGGAUUUCAGUGCGACAGUCAGAGGCAGAUCUGAUUGCUGUGGCAUGUAGCGUUGGAUCACCAGGGCUUCUCCCACUUCACCCUCAUUCACCCUGCAGCCAAAAUUUCAAAAAUGUAUUCCAUGGAUGUUUCAAAAUCUGUGACGAAUUUCUAAAAGGGAUAGUUUUCUUUGCACUGGACCGCGAGGGUGGGGAGUGGCAUGCUGUGUGCACCAGCAGGGCUAGUAUCAGAGGUCAAGGUCAUUGGGCAUCUGGUGAGGGCCACAUCCCAGCAAGGCCCACUGUUGGCUCACAGUGUCUCCCUAUUCUUCCUCUUCCUACUUGCUGUUUCUGUGCAUUUCCCAAGCAUGCAAGGCCUGGUAAGAGCAAAGUGAGGAAGCAGCUGCCUCCACCCAGUGCAGACCAGGCACAGUGCCUCGCCACUGCCAAAAAAGCUGAAACCAACACUGUGCACCAGCAGUAGCCAUAAUUAAUGCUAACCAGGGUGUUCAUCUUCACCAGGAUUUGAAACUAGGAUUUAAAGUGGAUUUGCAAGCUUCGGUUGUGAGAGAAGCUGGCUAGCAUGAGGUAAAGAGCCAGCUGUGUGUUAACUUUCAUAGGUGAUUUAAUGAGAUCUUUGAAGAGGGAAACUGCAUCUGUUGUAGAACAUGGUUCAGUUGGAACAUUGUCCUAGUCCGUGUUUUUAAAAUUCCUGUUAGGGAUGGAAGAAGGCACCUCUUUCUGUUCUGCCCUGUUUUCGUCGCAUGCGUCACUAUUUCCGUUGUGCUGCUGUUUGUCUUCUGCCAAAGACUACACUAUUUGUUUUGCUGUUUGCUGUGGCGAAGUUACGUAAUCUGCCUAAUGUACGUAAUUAACUAUGUAAUCUACAUCAAUCACGUCAUCACAUUCUUCCAUCCCAUUUGUUUCAAUGCAAAGGAAAUGCAGUACAAAUGGGAUCGGGGGGCAGAACAUAUCAUUGGUGGCCAGAAAGCAACAGCAAAUACUGAUCUUAUUUGCUGGAUUGAUUUCCAUUCUAGACAUGAUAAAUAAAUGGGCAAUUUCUGCUACAGUCAUACCUUGGGAUAAAUGUGCUUCAACUUAAAUAUUUUUGGGUUGCGCUCCGAGGCGACCCGGAAGUAACAGAGCACGUUACUUCCGGGUUUCGCCACGCGCGCAUGCACAGACGGUCAAAAUGACGUCGCACGCAUGCGCGGAAGCGGUGAAACGUGGCACACGCAAACGCGGGUUGCGUUGGCUUCAGGAUGCGAACGGGGCUCUGGAACAGAUCCCGUUCGCAUCCUGAGGUACCACUGUAUUUCCAUUUUCAUCAGAAUUUUCCUAGUUGGUAUCAUAAUAAGACAAGUGGGGAUCCAAAUGCAAAAUGUGGUGGGGCACUGCCAACACCUCGCAGUUCCGGGGAGGGGGGGGGAAGAGUCUUGUGACAUUGUUUCAAAGCCCACAAAAGACAGCGAGGGGAGGGGAGGGAGAAAAAGGAUGCCAUCUUUCUUUCUCACCUUUUGAAAUCUUCCCUACCUAUUAUUAUUAUUAUUAUUAUUAUUAUUAUUAUUAUUUUAUUUUGCAGCAUGCAUUCCUGCCACCCUAAUUCUCACCUUCAGAACAAUAUAAGAUGUUAGAGCAUCAAGCAGGCCAAUUCCCCACCUCCCUAGUUCCUCCUCACCCACCUCCUCAAUAUAACUAACGUUUGUGAUGUUCUGCAGCUGCUGGAUGCUAACUGAUUAUGCUCAGCCGCCUUCUGGCCUGGGGAGGGGAUGUUCGUAAUUUUUCAAACAUUUUUCAAAUGCAUUUCUGCACAUCUGGGAAGUCCCCUUUUCACCACCAAACUGAAAGACAUAGUGCCAUCAAGUUCAGUAUUAUCAGAAUGAGAUAAAGCAUAACUUCUUUCUCCCUAAGUAAUGUUUUGUUUUUUAACAUUGUCAAACAUGUUGUCUGUCACCACACAUUUUAAUUUGGGGGGUUUAGCUUUUCCAUUUUGGCUUGCUCCAACUGGCUUGUCUACUGGGGUAUAAAUUCCUUUGUACAGGACCUUUUUCCAAAUGCUACCAUAGUUCAUGGUGGCUUUUGCAAGGCAGGAGAGGCCUUGCAAAGGACGUCCUUUCUUUUGCUUCUGAAAAUGAGGCACUGGGCUGCAGUAGAGCCCUUUUACCAGCACCACUCUCUGCAAUGCAGCAGGUAUUCAUUCCCUAUGGUCCCUUAAUUGGUGCAGUGGGAGUAAAUAAAACACUUAAGGAUGUGCUACAUUUUCUCCCCCCACCCCCGCCCAUCAUUAGAAGUAGCUGAGCAACAUGGCUUAACUUUUGUAAAAAGCCCAACCCUUUCUUAUCAGAAGCUGUUUGACAACAUUGUUCUCAUUGACUUCAACUGACGGUAACUUCUAUUACUUCACGGAAAUAUGGCCCUUUGAUGAGAGAGGGGGAGUUUUAAAAUCACGAGUCAGACGUUCAAGAAUGUGAUAAACACUACAGUUUUAAAUAAGGAAACAUAAAUGUGGGGAGUUGGUUUUUUACUUGUGUGCUGUUUCUUCUGUUGAUGCCAACUUCCUUUUGCUUUAUUUUCCCAGAAUUCUUACCUCAUGA